AACUGAUUCUCAGUCGAUGGGACAUUUAUUAAGCACCUACUAUUGGUCAGAUACUGCAAUAAGCAGGAAGACAAGAAUCCAGUCGACUUAUGGAUACUAAGACACAAAUGACUCAAUGAUUCUUUAGGAGCUCCCUGAAGGAUUUGCAUUUGUACAGAGAGCAAAGUAUGACGUCCAAAGAAAGAAUUUCUAAUGGUGGAAUCUCAGGCUUUUAGGGGAAGACGUUCUGAGAGAGAGAAAUUUCUCAAGCCAGCCAUAAGGUCCCUAGCUAGCCUACAAUGUCUUCCCAGGGAAAUGGGGGACUAAAGGGAUCCUCCCCUUUGUGUCUGGUGUGGGCCUGGGAAACACAAUAACGAACCGUUUGGGUGCUUCCCGUUCAGCAGGCCCUUAGCUCCCUGCAGGCUGGGGAGUGGAAGCAGCCCCAAGAUUGGCAGUCCGAGGGACCUUAGAGAUCAUCGGGUCCUUCCCUUAAUAGCAGGAGAAAUCAUGGAGACCUAGGGAGGGGAAGAUGGUCAAGGCUGUGAAGGGCCAAGUGGAGACUCGAACCCAGCACCAAGGUCCCUCCCAGCGCCCCAGGCCGCCUGCUCGCCAUUAAGCUCCCUCCACUCACAAAAACUCCUGGUCCCACUUGAAGGAGGGGAGCCACUCAGUCCUUCACACUUGAGUGAGAAUUAGUUUUUGAGAUCUCAGCCGCAAGGGACUGGCGCCGGGGGGGCCUGGGCAGGUCAGACCCGAAGAAGGGCAGCUAGCCGGUGGGGUGGGCUCAGGCCCCCCCCCCGCCCCCUCCCUGGGGACUCUGUGGGGGGGAGGGGGAGUCAUGGGAGAGCUCUGGCUCUGUGCCCCUUGGAGGUUAUAGCCCCACCAGGUCAGGGGGCAGAGGCCUGCUGGAGAAGGGGGAGACGGGCAGGAGAGCUCCGGCCUUCCUCCCUCCAGGACCGGUCAGCCCGGGGGCGGCUCUGAGGGAAGCUGGAGCCGGGCCUCCUGCCGGCCCGCCCGCCUUCUGUUGCCCUGGCAGUGGCUGCCACAGGUUCCCGGCCCUGUGUGGCCGCCGUCGCAGAGUAACCGGCUGGAGCAUGGAUCGGUGCGUGUAGAGGGGACUGGAGCGUCAGCUCUGCCCAGCAUGGACACACAGGCCGCGCCGGCCGCUGCUCUGCCAGGCGGGAGGGGCCAGGAGACGGAGCAGGGCGGGCCCUCCUGCGGCCCAGUGUCCUCCACCUCCUGCCGGCCUCCAGCCUGCCACGGGGUGCCUCCCUAAGGGGAGGGCUCGGGGAGCUGCUGGUGACCCCCAUCCCCCCUAUGUCUGUGUGGGAAAAGCUGGCACAGGAGAGUGAGUGAGGCUGGCACCGGGGUGUGUGUGUGUAUGUGAGGCCAGCACAGGAGAGUAUGUGUGUAAGGCUGGCACAGGGGUGUGUGUGUGUGUGAGGCUGGCAAAAGGGUGUGUGUAUGAGGCUGACACAGCGGAGUGUGUGUGUAAGGCUGGCACAGGAGUGUGUGCAUGUGUGAGGCUGGCACAGGGGUGUGUGUGUAAGGCUGGCACAGGAGAGUGUGUAAUGCUGGCACAGGGGUGUGUAUCUGUGGGUGUCUCCCCCUGCCAGAACACUGUGUGGGAUUUGGGGUGUCCAUAGACCCCAUGGUGUAUGAGCUCUGUGUGGGUGCAGCAGGGUCCCUGGGUGUCCUUUCUCUCUGGUCUGCCUAGUGUGUGGGGCCUUUGUGUACAGGAGGGAUGCCCGUGGGUCUCUGUGGAUGGGGCUGGGUGCCCAAGGAACCCUUGGAUGUGGGGGGAUUAUGUGCCCCAGGGGUGCGGGUGCCUGGGACAGAGAGGGCUCUGUGUGUGUGACUGUCCCCAGUGUGUGUGUGCACAGGGGUACACCGGGGGGCCAUGCCCGUGAGCACGUGUGCCCCUGGGCAUCUGGACCCCUAGGACUGGGUGGUGUACACAGAGACCACACAAAGGGAUGGAUGCAGGCUGGUUGUGCACCUGGGGUUCUAUGGCACUGCCAGGGAGUGCCCGCCUGGUUGCUGCGGCAGUGGGCUGGGCGCCUCUCGCCCAGCACACCUGAGGAGUUCCUGACGUGGCUCUGUUCCAUGCGGGGCAUCUGGAGAGGGGGACUCUGGGAGAAGAGAGGAAGGACCCGGAGGGGAUGGGGUUGCACCCCCUCCCCUUGGGCAGAGCCAGACAAUGGGGAUCUUGUGGGGCCCUCCCCCAGAGCUCCUGGCGCCAGGGAGGGCUGCAGGCAGGCAGGCAGACAGACAGAAGGCGCCCACGUGGCACCGAGGAAGGGGUCAGGUCAGCUGCAUGACCAGGGGGUGCCCACAGUCUUGCCCUUUGGGGUGCUGGGGGGCAGGCAGGGCUUGCAUGACAAGAAGGCUUUCAUUGCAGCCCCAAGCAGAGAGGGGAGAGAGAGAAAAGGUCCAGAAGGUGCCCAGAAGGUUCCCUGGGAGGGAGGAGCGUCAUGUUUUUACUCCCUUUACCCGAGAGGUGUCAGGAAAGCCGAACUCUCCCAGCGCCCUUCCUCCCGCCUUUGUUUACUUCUGGAUCAGCAGAAUCCCAGACAUUUCCAGAAUGCCAGCGCCAGAAGGGACCCUCAUUUAAACACCAAGCCCCAGAGCAGGGAGGGGACCCCGCAAAGAUCCCACGCCAAUGGAGCCCUGGCAGAGCCGGGCCUGCAAAUUCAGGCUCUUGGCCCCCAGAUAAAGAGGGUUUUUUCCUCUAAUCUAUAGCAUCUGGUCCCAAAUUGCAGCCCCCUGUUCCUGCCCCUGCCCUUCCGCCCACACACCCACCAUGAGCCUCUCCCUAGCCCUGCUCCCACACGUGUUCACCCCUUUUUCUCCCCCUUGGGGACUCAGCACAUUAAAGCUGAGCCUUUUUUUGGCCUGGGUGUCUGUGUCUGUCUGUCUGCCUGCCUGGGUACCUAGGGCUUCAUCCAUCAAAAGCAGCAGGACCCCUGAAGGAACAAGAGGUUUGUUCUGGGCCAGAUGAUACCAUGACAUCAAAGCUCCUCUUCCCACUGA